CGAAAGUGCCACAUUGACUGAUUUGAAUUUAAAAAGGUUUUGUUGUUAUUGGAUCAAAACAAAAUAAUGUAAAGAAAUAUUUAAGAAAUAAAAUGAAGUAGUUUCAUAAUGAUUUACUAGAAUUCAUAAAAGACCAAAAAAUCAACAAUGUGGGUGGAGGAUUGUCGCUGGCAUUAUGAUUACGUUCGUUUAGCUUGGGAUUCAGGAUUCUCAUUUGAUAAACAGAAACAACCAAAUCCUGAUAAGAAUAAGAUAUGUAGGCAAUCUUUGAGGUUUAAAAUUAUUCAUUAUUCAAUACAAUUUAUUACUUGCAGGUCUCAUAGACAUAGACAGAGUUGUUAAAGAAAGAGAUGUAGCUACUGUUGAACAGUUUUUAUCCAUCGUGAUAGGAUAUGUAUUGGAUAACGAACAAGCUGAAAUAUUAGACACUAACUUUGUAAAAGUAUUUCGCAUGAGUCAACUGGCAGUAGAGUACUUACUAUUCUGCAAGAGAUAUUUAGAUAACACAGUGGUUUUGUUAAAGAAAGAUGUGGUAAAAGCUAAAGAGGAACUUAGAGAGAUGAAAUCAUAUAUCCAAGAGCUAGAAGCCCACCUAAUGCAAAUUCAAAAGCAUGCCGUCACUGCAACUUUCAAAUGUGAUAAAUGCUUAAAGGUUUUUCUAUCUGAGAACUAUUUAAACUCUCACAUUAAAAGACGGCAUAGUGAUGAUAGUAAAAUGUCAGUUAAUGCUGAUAAACCAUGUGAAACUGAUCAGUUGCAAUCAGAAAUUAAGGAAUUAAAGGAACGACUUAAUGCUACUGAAAAAAUCCUGAAAGACAAGUCUGCGCAGGUAGAAAUGAAAGAAAAUCAACAGAAAAAUGAUGAAGUGCGAGAGAUUUAUGCCAAGUUUGAGAAGUUUAAGGAACAAGUAGAAAAUGAGAUAUCAACUUUGCAAACAGAGAAAAAGUUUUAUGAAGACAAAUACAACAGGCUUUUUGACUUAGUUAUGCAGACAAAAAAUUCUGAAUCACAAAUGUCUCUAUCACAGAAAAAACCUGAUGUAAGUCAUGCAUCUAGUGAGAGUGAUGUGAAGAGGAAGAACUUACAGAUUGUGACAUUCAAAGACAAUGCUUUAGAUAGUGACAAAUCUAAAGCUGAUGUUCCAAAGCCAAAAAAAUUGGAUGUAGUGACAGUUCAAGAGAGUUAUUGUGGUAGAAAAGAAGACAGUAAAUUUGAGAAGAAAGAUGUUGAGAUAGACAAUGAAAGUGUUGUGGAAGAAGUAGAUGACAAAAUUGAAAGGAAGAUUAGUGAGAUAAGCUCUAAUUUGGAAAACAAGAUAUCUACGAGUCUUGUCACCAUACAAAAUCAAAUGGAAUCCUUCUGGACAAGACUAAGUGAAAUACAGAUCAGCAGCCAAGGAACUGCUAAGUCAAAACCAAUCUCUUCCAUGACAGACAGACAAGAAUUCGAGAACAAACAUGAGAUACAAUCCAUUCAAAAACAGGAAAACUCGAUGGUUAAACCAAAAAUCAAACCAAGAACUAAACUAAGCAACCCCACGAGGGUCCAAGAUAAUAUUGAAGUUCCAAGUGCUGCUGAAAAGCUGAAAACUCAGUUGGAUCAGUACAUUUCCCACCAAGAAGAUACUUCUCCUGGCAGUAAAAUUUCUGCAGAUGAGAAUGAAUUUCAUGAAGAAGAUGAUGAGAUCUUGAUGGCUGUUCCAGAAAAGAAGAAUGUUUAUCUGAACCGACAGGACAUUGAAACAAAAUCAAAGACUCAAAAGGUUUUGAAACAGUCUGCAGCAGUUGCAACGCAUAUGCAAUUGAAAGUGCAGGAACUUUCAAAUGAUUCGGAAGAGUCCGAAGAAGAAGGUGUUCCAGAAAAGGUCCUGAGCAAAAAGAGCAGCAAGAAAAGCAUAGAUCGACGACUUCCCCUAGAGGAUAAGAAGGGCAAAGUUCAUGAAAAGUUGAAAGAUUUGGUUCGGAUGAAGUUUGAAGAUAUUGGAAUUUCACUUGAUUGGCAAGGCAUUCCAAACAAGUCCUUUGAGAGGGGAUUGGAAAUAAUCAAACACCAAGCAAAUAUGGAUAAAAAGAGAUAUGACAACUACUCAUCAGUCAGAAAAUCUAUUGAAAAAACACUAAAUGUCGGAGGGUGCAAAGAAAAAUUAAAAAAGAAGAAGAAAAUAAGAACACCACUUACAGAUACUCAGAAAAAGUUAUCAACUCUCAUGAGAAUUCGUAGUAGGAAAAAGCCAAGAGAACAACCCCCCGAACCCAAGCCAAUAAAAACAAUAAAACACAAAGAACUCUUCCAAACCGACAGCGAAUCUGACCAUCCGGAAAUCUGCGAAAGCACAAAAAUCAAUCAGUUGCUUCCUUCAAAAACAACCCUGGAGCUGUUACAAAAUACAGACUCCGAAUUGCAAUCCAUAACUUCUUUGGAUGAUAAACCAGGUCCAAUUCGACCAGCAAGUAGCACAGCUGGUGUUGUGGCGAAGAAAAAAGUUGCGUUUAACGUGACUCCUAGUGAUACAGGAAGUGCACAACCUGCAGGAAAGCAUGAGAAAAGUAGUAGUUUGUCAGAUUUUGAUCUCAGCCUUGUGUGAAGUGUAUGGAUAAACAUCAGAUGAUUUCUUGCUUGCGCUCUGUUGCUGAGAAAAAUGGAGACUUUUAUAUUUUUAAUGUUGUAACAAUGCACACAAAAGAGUAUCAGUAUAUGCAAUAUUCAGUUAUUAUGUUUUAACUUAUGUAUCUAUUUAUUUAUAAAGACAUAUCUAUGAACCUCAGUAAUAUAUUUUGU